AUGAGUGAAAGUAUGAACUCAAGCUCGACUGGCGCAGAGCCUGAGAUCGUCAUCAUAGGAGGUGGUAUCAUUGGGCUUGUGCUCACCAUCGGCCUUCUCCGUGUCGGAGUUAAGGUCAAGGUUUAUGAGCAAGCCCAAGGCUUCCGUGAGAUCGGUGCCGGUAUCGCCUUCACGGCCAAUGCUAUCCGAUGCAUGAAUUUGAUUGAUCAAUCAAUCCCUGUCGCGCUGCGAUCGAGCGGAUCUGUUGCGACAUCUAACGGUGGCGCUGAAGACCCGGAUGACUACCUUCGCUGGAUCGACGGAUACGAUCGACACCGCGAAGACCCUCGGAAGCAGCGCUUAUUCUACAAGCUGAGCGCUGGCCCACGGGGUUUCGAGGGCUGUCGACGUGACCAGUUUCUCGAGUCUCUCGUCAAGUGCAUUCCCCCAGGCGUGGUUGAGCUCAAGAAGCGCCUCGACACGAUUGAGGACAGAGGAGAAGGCCAGAAACUCUUGGUCAGAUUCACAGAUGGCACCACUGCCGAAGCAGAUGCCGUGAUUGGCUGCGAUGGUGUCAAGUCACGCGUGAGACAAAUUCUCCUAGGCGAAGAUCACCCUGCCUCGCGCCCUAGCUACUCGCACUGCGUAGCAUACCGGACCUUGAUCCCAAUGGCUCAAGCCAAAGAAGCUAUGGGCGAGUACAAGGCCACGAACCAGCACAACCACAUUGGGCCGAACGCAAACCUGCUUCACUAUCCGGUAGCCAACAACACCAUGAUGAAUGCAGUAGCCUUCGUUCGUGAUCCCAACAAGUGGCCAGACGACUCGCAGACGGUGGCCGUGGGCACGAAGGACGAGGUCAGGGCGGCGUUCCAGGGCUGGUGUGCGCCGGUUCGUGACCUCAUCGAGCGCUUCCCCGACACGAUGAGCAAAUGGGCCAUCUUCGACCUCUGGGAGUACCCUGUCCCAUACUACAACAACGACCGGCUCUGUCUAGCCGGAGACGCAGCACAUGCCACGAGCCCACACCACGGAGCGGGCGCGGGCCAAGGCAUCGAGGACUCGCUAUGCCUUACGACGUUGAUGCGGGAAGUGGUAAACGAAUGCCGGGCGCAUCCGGAGGCUAAAGCCAAGGCGCUCGCAGCGGCUUUCCGGGCCUACAACACGGUGCGGCGCACGCGUAGCCAAUGGCUCGUCAACAGCAGCCGACGCGUAUGCGACCUGCACCAGCAGGCGGAGUGGGCCGACGAUGCGAAGCUCACGAAAGCUGAAUCAGUCUUCGAGGAGAUGAAGGACCGCACCUUCAAGAUCUGGCACUUUGACUAUGAGGGCAUGCGUUGCGCUAAUGUACGAGUCACGAUACUUAGGUAUAUGGUCUCUGAGAGAAGUAUUGGGAAUUGGUUCGCUAAUUAG